CCGCGGAGUCCCAACCGUAGAAAAACAAAGCCCCGGAUAGCGACAAAACUCUUAUUUUACGUCCAACCGGGCACGGGAAUCCGUUUUAUCGCAUCGAAACCGGCCCCGGCGAGCUAUUUUCGGUGUUUUCCCGCCGCUCUCCGACGUCUUUCCCCGGCGGUGUUGUUUAUCUGUAGUAAAGGGGGGCUUGAAACCGCCCUCCCUUGCCCCAUUUCCUCGGUUGUUUUCCUUCUCUCGCCUGGAUUCUCCAUGUUGUUGCUGCAAGAGUGAAGACUUCGCAGCGACGGGAAGAGAGAAGGAAGGAGAGGGGGAGGCUGCUCGGCGAUAUUAACCAGGAAUAAUAUCGGUUUAAAAAAAAAAAAAAGGAAACACACACAGAGAGAGCGGACUUUAAUAGCCUCUUUAAAAAAACAACAAAAACAACAUAUCCUAAGUGCCUUGCCCCCUCCCCAGGCGGACCAUCGGAAAAGAAGAAGAAGAGGAGCGGCGGUUGGUUGGAGGUUGGAGGGAAUAAAGAAAACCCAGGAACACAAGAGUAAAACCACCACCGAGGACGGAUGACAAGUGAUACCUCGGUGAAUAAUUGAGUCCACUUGUCAAUAAAAGCCCAAUGAGGGAUGCCCAUCAGUGCUCGGGGACAGGAUUUGAGGAUUUUGAGGGCUCCGUGAUUGUCAGAUGGAAAGUUCUGUUAUCACCCAAGUGCAGAAAGAAGACGUUCAAGUGUCACCGAAAACAGGCCAGGUGAGCCGGUCUGCCCUGAAACAGCCUCGGAGUUGUAACAUCUUCAAAGCGCUCUUCUGUUGCCUCCAAGCUCAGGAUGGCCCCAAACCACCGCCACCACUACCGCCACCUUCCCAGCAGGCCUUGCUGGAGUCACAGGAAAAUGGGACGGUUGUCAAGCAAUAUGAACACAGCCUCCUGCCUGAGGUGAAUGCCCAGGACCAAGGGAAGAUAUGUGUGGUCAUAGACCUGGAUGAGACCCUGGUGCACAGCUCAUUCAAGCCUAUUAGUAAUGCAGACUUCAUCGUGCCUGUGGAGAUAGAGGGGACCACACACCAGGUGUAUGUACUGAAGAGGCCGUAUGUGGAUGAGUUCCUGCAGAGGAUGGGAGAGUUGUUUGAAUGUGUGCUGUUUACAGCCAGUCUCGCUAAGUAUGCAGACCCAGUGACGGACCUGCUGGAUCAUUGUGGGGUAUUCCGGACCCGGUUAUUCCGGGAAUCUUGUGUAUUCCACCAGGGCUGCUAUGUCAAAGAUUUGAGCCGCCUGGGCAGAGACCUCCACAAAACCCUCAUCCUGGAUAACUCUCCUGCCUCCUACAUCUUCCACCCUAAUAAUGCUGUUCCUGUGGUGUCAUGGUUUGACGACGUGGACGACGCCGAGCUGCUCAACCUUCUGCCUGUGUUUGAAGAACUUAGUCAAGCUGAUAAUGUUUACACCCGGCUGGACCAGCUUCGUGGACAAUGAGCUCUCAGUGGACCUGCUCGGCUCCUGUUAGAGCUCCGGCUUGAAACCUCUUCAGCUCCGAUAGAAGCGUCCGCUGAGAAUAGAUGCUAGAGUUCUCAGACGCUGCUCUGCUAGCCGCUGCACAAAAUCCUCUGUUUAGAAAAAUUGUAUUAUCACGGCCGUUUUUUAAGGAAAUUCCGAGCCUGGAAAACACAAUGUGUUUGGCUCAAACGAAACUAUAGAUUGCAAUCUGAGGCCUUUCCUCUGAACCUCAGUGCUGACAUUAUUGACAACCACUAUUUGAAAGCACCAUGAGAAAGAGCGGGAGACAACAACCAAAGCAGUCCCAUCACAAUCACUCCAGUUAGUAUGAAUAUUAAACGUGGUUCUUUUGCCAAAGCAGAAGCCUGCCUGCCCUGACUUGACUUUUGGACAUUGUUUUUUUUUUUUUUUUUAAAUGAUUGUGCCUUUUAAGGAACAACAACAACAGAAAAAAAAAAAAAAAAAACAGCUCUUUUUUGAAAUUUCCACCAGAUUUUAUACAUUUAUUGAUUUCUUUUUAUAGGUUGUUUUUUAUAAGGAAAUCUAUUUUUAAACGGUGAACAUGGUUCUUCUAUGCAACCCAGUUGUGUAAUGACAUGGACAGUACCUCCUAAGUAGCCAGUCAAUAAUUGCAUUCAGCAGAUGUAAACAUUACUGUAGCCUUAUUUUCCUGUAAAUGAGCAGCAAAACAAAAAGUGUAUUUUACUUAUUUGUACUAUAAACAUAAUUUCUACAAAAAAACAUGCAAAUAUACAUCACUUGUGGUCAGAUUGCUAUUUGAUAUACUGGUUAUAAGUUAAGUAAACACGGUGAAAUCUUGUCUUUGAUGGUCAGUUGAAAGCAGACACACUGGAGUAUGUUGGCACAUAGGACGGCCAUAAAUGCCACAGUUUUCAGUCAAGGUUUUAAUAAUAGUUAAUUUCUUACGAUGUCUUCUCUUUUUCUUACUAUAUAUGACAAACAACUUGCACUUGUUUUACAUUGACAGUGCUGAAAGUAAAAAAAACAAACAAAAACAAACUGUGCCUUUUUGAAAUUCGGACAGAGAAUGGUGUUCUGCCUGAAAAGAGAUUUGUAGGCCUACACAGUCUGAUGUGUCAUGCUGAGCGUGAGAAAACACUGUCAAGAGCAAGUGUAAUGCCAUGUGGCUCUGGUACUUGCAGUGCAACACUUGAAAAUAUCAAAUUUGAUUUUUUUAGCAUGUGUGAGCGUUUUGUUUUCUAUAUUUAUUGGCCAAAAAAAACCAACAACCUGUAUUGUCCAGUACUUCUUAAUGCUUCUUAAACAUUUUUGUAUUGUAAUCCAUUUGCCUACUUUGAGGCUGGCCUUGUGUUUUAACUCUUUAUCUGUGCCUAAAUAACAUUUUGCUGUCAAAAGUUCAUUGAUAAUUCAAAAACUUGCGCAGUUAAAAUCAAACAAAUAUACAUGUAAGUCCGAGAUUCAAUCAUGCAAGAUGUGUUAUUUUUUUUUUCCUUUCCAUUUUAAUUCAGUACAACAGAUAUUUCGUUGGGGUUUGUUUCCUGGGUAAUAUGGUUUUCCUAUGAUGUUUUAAUGUCUGAUGCAAUUAUUGCCUGCAUGUUAACUAGUGAAUGACAAUGAAUUUGUACCAGUUGUGAUGACCAAAAGUAUUUGUUUAGACAGUCACAAUUUGUCUUUGUGUAUCAGAAUAAAUCAAAAACUCAUUUUGUCUACCUGAUCUGACCAAAACUCUAAAAAGACAAGGUGCUACCAGUUUUUAUUUUAAAAUAAAAAUUGGUUAUAUUGUA